AUGACGGACCCUCUAAGUAUCACUGCGAGCGUAGUCGCAGUCGCCGGCCUCGCCUAUUCCAGCAGUAAAGUGCUGUAUGAGUUGAUCUCGACGAUCCGCGAUGCGCCCUCGGUGUUCCACGACCUAAAUCAAGACAUCAGUACUCUCAGUCAUAUCUUGAAUGCGUUGAAAACAAACCUGCCCGAUCGUGGUGCAACAAAGGAUGAAGCACAGCUAGCAUGCUUCACAGCCAUGGAACAAACUCUACAGGGCUGCGAUCUCGCGUGCAGGGCUUUUAAAGAUAAAGUGCAUGACCUUACAAUACACUCCCAAGAUGGAAAGAGAAGCUUUAGGGAUGGAGUCAAGCUAAAGUUUCAGAGCAAAAGCAUUGAUGAUUUUCAUACGAAGGUCAAUAGUUGGAAGACGAGUCUUGCUCUUGCACUCGACGUAGCUUUACUUGCGACCCCACAUUCUGAUAAGAAUGCCCUCAACGCGCUCGAAAACAAAAUGACGACUGCCAAAGACCAAAUCACGGUUAGUCUUGAACAAGUCAAUACAAGGCUAGAUAAGCUGCUCGCGUUGGAACCGGAGAGCGAGGAAGACCUGCAGAUUAUUGCUCAAAAGAAAGCGGUUGAGGAACAGCAGAAGGCAGCUCUUAUACAGUGCCUUUCCCUGUACCAAGCAGCAGCGGAUAGUGCAACCCAGAUAACCGGUCAUUCUUUCAAAAAUAAUAAACUUCUAGGCGAGGCAAAGGCAAUCUAUGGCGAUGUUGGACAACUAGGAGAGCACAGCAAAAGCCAUAGCUACGAUGGUAACGAGGCCAACAAUAAGGCGAGAGCAGUGUAUGGGAAUAUAGAUGGAAAAUUCCUUUCGACUUUCAUGGGACAUAGCAGCUAA